GUGAUAGUGAAGUAGUAGGAAUUUGACUGCGAACGCACAGUAGACUGUCAUGGUGGUUCAUAUGGAUAAAAGACAGUAUAAAAUAAAAUAAAUAAUUGAUAAUUUUUGUUAGUUGUCAUAAACUAGAAAUGACAUGUCUUUUUUAAAAGUACUUAGUUGAUAAUUUGCUCCUAAAAGUAUUAUUAUUUUAUACAAUACUUCAUAUUGAGAUUGGGUGAUAACGAUGGCAUAUCGAGUUUUGUUAGUGUUUUUCUUAGCAAUAAUAUCUGUGAGGACCGAAGAAGAGGGUUAUUCCUCUCGCAUGUCGAGAGCUGAGAGAAUUAGUUUAAGAGAAGAGGCCAGAAGUAUGUUCUACCACGCAUAUAACGCGUACAUGGACAAUGCUUACCCUGCAGAUGAACUCAUGCCGCUCAGCUGCAAAGGCCGUUGGAAAGGCAUCACACCCAGCCGUGGGGAUAUGGAUGAUGCUCUUGGAAAUUUUUCACUAACAUUAGUGGACAGCUUAGACACGCUAGUUGUGAUGGGCGACUUUUCAGAAUUCAGUAAUGCAUUAAAACUUGUUAUAAAGGAUGUCAGCUUCAAUCAAGACAUUAUUGUUUCUGUUUUUGAGACAAACAUACGAGUUCUAGGCGGAUUGCUCUCAGCUCACAUCCUCGCAGAUUCUUUGAAAUCUGAAGUCCCUGUGUUGCAAUGGUACAGUGGCGAAUUGCUCAGAAUGGCGGAGGACCUGGGGAAGAGACUCCUGCCUGCCUUUAAUACGUCCACAGGCAUUCCACAUGGAAAGAUAAAUCUACGUCACGGCAUGCGAGGAUUGUCAGAGUCGCGCGAAACUUGCACCGCCUGCGCCGGAACGAUGAUAUUAGAAUUGGCGGCGCUGUCCCGGCUCUCUGGAAAUCCGGUCUACGAACAAAAGGCCCACAAAGCGAUGGACCGUCUUUGGAAAAUAAGACAUAGAACAUCGGAUCUGAUGGGUACAGUAAUAAACAUACAUUCUGGUGACUGGGUGCGCAAGGACUCGGGCAUUGGAGCCGGCAUCGACUCUUACUACGAAUACUGUCUCAAAGCUUACAUCCUUCUUGGAGACGAGAAGUAUCUUGCUCGGUUCAACAGACACUACAAUGCUAUAAUGAAGUACAUCAGCCGAGGACCCAUCAUGUUGGCUGUACAUAUGCACAGGCCGCACCUCCAGUCUCGUAACUUCAUGGACGCACUGCUGGCUUUCUGGCCCGGGCUGCAGGUGUUAUUGGGGGACGUCCGGCCCGCAGUCGAGACGCACGAGAUGUUAUACCAAGUGAUGCAGCGCCACACAUUUAUACCAGAGGCUUUCACUUCAGACUUCCAGGUUCAUUGGGGUCAACACCCUUUGCGCCCAGAGUUCUUGGAGUCAACAUAUUUCCUUCACCGCGCUACUGAGGAUGACCAUUAUUUGCACGUUGGGAAAGCGGUAUUGAAAUCGUUGCAACAAUACGCAAGAGUGAGUUGUGGUUACGCGGCAGUUAAUGACGUCAGAACUCGCAUCCACGAGGAUAGAAUGGAUUCGUUCGUGUUGGCAGAGACUUUUAAAUACCUCUACAUGCUUUUCGGCGAAGAUAAAGACCUACCUGUUAAUUUAGAAGACUAUGUGUUAACUACAGAGGCGCAUUUCCUACCUCUCUCAUUGGCAACUGCUGGAAGGAACGUGACUUACUUUUCCACUAAAAUUGAGGAAGAAGAUGAUGAUAAAUAUAGAAAGACAUGUCCGAACACGGCGUCGCUAGUGGCAGAGAAGGUCCGGCAGCCGAUGCGCCAGCUGCUGGGGUCGCGGGCGGCGCGGCCGGCGGCUCACCUGCGCCCGCUCUCCGACCCGCGGCAGCUGCUCGCGCUCGCCGACAUGGGCAUCUCUGUGCUCACGCUGCCCGACGGACGCGUGCAACUGCUAUACACCACCAACACUGCCAAAUCAGCCAAAGACGCUGCAGAAGGACUAACGUUCAUGCGCGAAAUGUCUAAAUGGAACUCUCUUAGUGACCUAGAAAAUGGCGUAGUACCAGUUGGCGUAAAAAUCAAUGACAAGAUAUUUGCUGCCGGGCCGGGGCACUUCGGCAAAGAGAUCUCCGGGAACAAUCGGUACACCAACACCAUGGCGCUUGCAUCGCCGAUCGACGCUUGCACGCCGCUCGUAAAUGAAAAACAAUUGCACGAAAAGUUCGCCAUCGCCAAACGUGGCCAAUGCACGUUCGCACAAAAAGUUCGUAACAUCCAAAGCGCUGGCGCUUUGAUGGCGAUCGUUAUCGACAACGUGCCCGAUUCCACUCACGAGAACACGGCGCUGUUCGCCAUGUCCGGAGACGGCAAAGGCGACAUUGAGAUUCCUGCCGUGUUUUUAUUUUCCCGCGAGGGUGAAUAUCUCACCAAAGAACUACGAAAAAAUCCCGACUUAGAAGUGAUCGUCGGAGAGCUCAGGUCACUUAAACGUCAGUAUGAGAGUGUCUGUGAAGACAAUAAUUGUGAGGCGGUUCUAGAUACCGAAGGCGAUGUCGCGGAUAAAGAAUCCUUUGAACAUUUGAAAAAAGUGUUGGGCCAAUUAGUAGCCCAGUUUGAACUAUCGCUUUCCCAUGAUGAUUCAUCAUCGAAUAAAAUGUGUACCGAGGAGCAAGCUGUUACGUCUAAAACGGAGCCAACCAACCGUGAAGAUGACCUGAAAAACGAAUCACCUGAUGUUUGCCUCCAAAGUAAGAAGCCAGUUGGUCCAGCAAUAGUUUCUGCCAUAAACACUCAAACCUUGGAAACCGAUAAAAAUACACAGGACGACCUCUGACAAUUAACUUUUGAAGGAGACUGUAAAUAAGAUAAAAUGUUUAUAUUGAAAAAUGUAUAAUAACUGUACAUAUUAAUUGUAAGAAACUAAGUAACACAAGGAAUUUUGGUGCCUUUGGAUAUCCGGAGUUAAUUUUAUUGUAAUUAAUUUAUAUAUUAUGUUUAAUCGCCUACAUUGGUGGCGUAUCGAUUUUUGGGCUAACUUUUACACUCGCGAGCUUUAAAAUCCGACAGAGUAGCUAGGCCAAUCGGUGGAUUCGUGGAAAUAUUACUUUUGAAAUGCAAUAAAAUAUUAAUUCAUCAGGUUAUAUUAGUUAUUUAAAAAUAAUAUAAUGUCAUCACAAAGUUAAAUUAUUCAUUUUGAACCAAAGAGUUUUUUAAGCAAAAAUAAUAGUGUAUAAUGCCUUCUUUCAACGUCAUGUCAACAGAUGUUUUCAGUUUAUGAGGUUUAUGCUAAUUUAUUUCACAAAUAUACUAGCAUAUAACACAAUCAUUCAUUUCAUCGGGUUUGAUGAGUUUUUCAUUUAGUUCGUAUAUUGUUUCUGUUUCCUCAUACAAGCCACUGCAUAUGGAUAAGAUAAAACGAAAAUGGUACCUGGCCCACUAAUUUGUAACUAGGCUAGGCUACUCAACCCUAGUUUUAGGUGUGUAAAGCCUUUCCAGGGAUUUUAAGAUGUUUUCGAUAUUUUUCUAAGGACUAGCCGCCGUUAUGGCUUUUGGUUCUAUCUUUAACGAACUUUAUAAAAUUUAUCAUCAAAAGUUAGUUGCGUUAUUUAAAUUCUUGUCUCUAAAGCUACCCUUAAAUGCUCUAUUACCUUUCGUUUACCCCCAUCUCCCUUGGUGUUACGUGGUGUUAUAUAAUCAUAUUGAUAAACAAUAUUGUAUAAUUGCCCUAAGGUGUAAUGGAUAAACUCGCGCGUACGAGAACUGUGUUACUCGGUAUCUUUAAUUAAUUUUAAAUAUUUUUACGAGUCCUGGGACCACAUCAUAUUAUUAUUGGAAUUAGAAAUCUUGUAGGUUUAACGGUUAUUCAAAAUAUAUUUUUUUCUGAUCUUCAAAGUUUUAAUUUUUCUCUUUUCUCUGAAGCUUAUUUACUUUUGAGCUGAAAUUAUAUGUAUUAAGACAAAGAAAUAAUAAAAUGUAAUAUCUUUUUUUUAUAAUUACGUAUAUUGGCAAAUUUUGAAAGCUGCCGGAUUUUUAUUGCUUUCGAGUUUAUAAUCGCACUUGAGAGUGCGGAUAAAAAGAUUGGAUAUAAUUUAUUAAAAAAUGGGAUAUUUUAUAGUCUUAUUUUACUAUUUAUGAAGUGAUCCUUAACAAAUGUUGCUGCCAGUAUGAAAUAUAAACAUCGGCAAUGUGCCGCGGUUUAGACUAAGAAACGUUGGGAUAAACAUUUUACUACAUUUUAACAAUCUAAGUAUAGGUUUUAUUUCACGAAUUAAUUAGUAAAAAUUGUGUAUGAGAAAAAAGUUACAUUAUUUUUAUAGUUAUUUAAGCACUAACAAAAAUAAAAAAUAUGUUUUCACGAACAUGGAUAGUCAUGAGUUAUAAUAAUUAUACUGAUAAAUUUUCCAAUCAAUGAGAUGUAAGAGUGUUCACAUUCGUAUACGUAUAACAUUAUCUCUAUAAAAUGGUCUCAAGUUAUCUAUUUAGUUUAUCUUUAUUUUAAAACUUCCAUGCAUUUAUGGCACAAUUAUAUUUUAUCGAAGUGGCACGUUGAAAUUGUCAAGAUUAGAUAUUAUUCUAGUGCUGAACUGAGAAUUCUUCUGCAGUGUGGGUGACUACAUGUUGUCCGAUGUCACAGCGCUGUCGGUGUACAGGGCCCUUAUUCUCUAUCUCACACGUUAUUUUGACAGUGCGUAACAAGCACGCAACACAACGCGUCAUGUUUAGGACUAUAGAGAUUUGGCUUACAGAAUACCAUUCCACGCACAUUUCUCGAAGAUAACAUGACACGGCCGCGUUACGCGCUUACACUAUCAUACAGAAUAAGGACCCAGAUGCGAUAAAUAGUAUCAAUAAUACAUCUUGAAAUGUUUACACUAAAUUAAUACAAAAGUGGUCUUGCAUUGACAUCUAACUGUCUUCAAAAAAGUAUGAGGUUCGUAAUUCGACGUGUAUGUUUUUUAUUAUUAGAUUAUGUUCCUUUUAUACAGAAUUCUGUAACUUUUUUCCUACAACAUAUGCAUAUGUGUUUAGGUUUCUUGGUGAGGAUAAUUUCAGAUUGGCCGCUAUUAUUCCACCGAAAUUGACAAUACGUUGUAUGUUUUGCUUUUACAGAUGAGCAUAUAGUAACCUCAGCAUUGAUUGUGUGUAAUUUAAUAUCCUAAUAAUCUGAAUAAUGCUUAUAUACUGUAAGAUGCUUAUAUUCUGUAAAUUACUAGGCCUACUCUGUUUGCAAAUCACUUAUCUUUUUAAAUUAACAGCCAGGCUAGAUACCAUGUUGUAUUGAUCCUAAGGAAGCGGACGUCAGUCUUUGUCAGACAAGCAGAAAUAUGUUAGGUGACAUCAACAGUCAACACAUCUCUGUCGUACCGUGAACUUUAACAUAAGCGUAGCAUACCCGUAGCUUCAUGUAGCUCAUCGCCGUUUGAGAUAGGCCAUAUCAGAUCCAAACGUACAAUAAUAAUUCAUACCUAUCGUUAAGGUUUUUUUUUUGAAUUAUUGGUACCUUUAGAGCCCGCCAGCAUACGGUGCCGACAAAUUCCUUGUACCCUAGUUUUUUGUUAUAGUCAUGCCUUAUUCCGUCUACGGGGAAAAUCCGUCAUUUUGAAAUUACGGUUGUUCUAAUCGAAAAACAGUUUGGAUAGCCACAUAGAUAAAUAGGGUAUUUCCUUGACUCUGUUACCCAUACGGCUAUCAAAGCUGUCCUUUAAAGUUCGUGAUUCCAAAUACACUGAUAUUGAUAUGAUUGAUAUUGCCCCGAUAGGCGGAAUAGGCCCCCUGACCAUGUACAAAAUUGCAAUGAAAGGUAUUUAUGUUCCAUUUGCUUAUAGUUUUUUUCUGUUUACGAGUCAAGUUCUUAAACCUAAUGAAGCUGUUCUAUAUUUUGUAAUAGAUGAUAUCAAUUCUGCUAUAGGUGCCUAUACAAAGUCAGUUUAACACUGCGUUAGUAUAUGAAACAUACUUAUCCUCUUGAAAAUUUCACUAAUGAUUACUUAAUCCGUAAAUGUAUGUUUCGAACAAAAUAAAUAUCAAUAAAGGUAAUUUUAAUUUUAUACACCGUGAUAGCUGAGUAUUCGUUGCAGCAGAAUAUCAUACUUUCAGUCAGAAAUACACUCACGCACACUCCAUAUAUACAUUGGACUCCAAAAUUAUAAAAAAAUAAGAAAGUAAAACCGGGAUUUUUGGUGGAAGUAUUAGUUAUUCAUGGAUGAUUUUGGCACAAUGUUAGCAGAGGUAGACGAGUAUGUAAUUUAAUUUAUUAACGCAAUGUCAAUAAGAGUCUGUAUGUACCUAUAUGUGUUAUUAGAACUAUAAGCAACAUAUUAAUUUAUAAACAAUAUUUUUUUAUGCGACAGCCACAGUCGAAGUUAAUUUUGUGAAAUAAACAAUUUUGAACUCUCCGAGUUCUUAGGAGCAUAGAAAUUCAAAAUAAAUAAAAUAUAGACGACUCUAAUAUACAUAAUUUUAAAAGCAUACAAAUACUAUAUAGAUAUUGGCGGCGAAGGUGGAAAA